AUGGUCACACUAAUGUCUUCCUUUGACAGCAUUCCGAAGGAGUCCAUGAUUACCUUGUCUGGGCAGGAGGGUUCCAAUUCGCAGCUUUCAACACAGAACUCUGAAAAUCAACAGUUGACCCCUGUUCAGAAAUUGCUUUCAAAGGCCGUUAUAAUGCCUAUUGGGGAUAGCAUAAAACUUAGAACUGUAUGUUUCCAAGUUGUUUGCAAUUUAUUAUUACAUUUUGUGCGACUGUUGGAGAAACUAAAAUGCUGGUGGCCUCUCCGUAUGGCUAGUAUUAUUGUGGUUGCCAUGCUUGCUCAUGUAUUGGGCGUGGUGACAGACCUCCAUUUGAGUGUGAGGCUGGCCAUUUCACUGAGGCAGAGAUUUUUAGGUAUAAGAUUGAGAUUGAAGUUACUCAUGCAGGGAAUAGCUGUAACUUUCUAUUUUGAGACAGAGAGUGCUGGCAUUCAUGAUCCAUUGGAAUUCCCACUGGCAUUGGAUCAUAUGUUGGAUCGCAAGAUGGAUUUCAAAAUCAAGUGGAAACCACGGUGGAAGAAUGCCUCGGUAGUUAUGCUAUUGAGGAAUGACCCUUUUGUGAAAGAGCUUGCUGAUCAGCUUGACACAGAUGAAAUGAAACAACCCGGUGUUGAAGCAACGGGCACUGUUCUUACCGAACCUCAUUUUGUCUUCGAUCUUGAUGUGACUUCGACGCACAGCACAAAUCCAAUUACUCCUACUAGCAAAAGACAAUUUCCAGGCUCAUUAAGAGAGUCGACAACCUCGGAUGCCACUUGUGAUGGAGAACUUUCAUCAAACAAGCUCAAGAAAAUUAUAAAACUAGAGAAGAUAGAUUAG